UCUGGUAGUCUGAGCGAUCUGCUGGAGGCGGGAGCCGCCGUGAACGCACCUGCAGAUGCCUUUGGUCAGUCUCCAGCUCACCUGGCUGCCUGCGGCGGGGGAGCCUUCUUCCUACUUUGGCAACUGCAGACGGGAGCAAAUUUGAACCAACAGGAUUGCCUUGGAGAAGCCCCGAUUCAUAAAGCAGCAAGAGUUGGGAGUUUGGAAUGUCUUGCUCUCCUUGUUGCUGGCGAUGCCAAAAUUGACCUGUGCAACAACAGUGGACAAACAGCAGCAGACCUCGCACUGGCUUACGGCUUUCUGGAAUGUGCCAACUUCCUCAGGACAACUCAGCACACUCAGACAAUGAAACUGAGAGGACAGUCUGGCUACUCACCAAGGGACAACCGUGGCUUGCUGAGAGAGGAUCCAGCUGCACAGAAACAAGAAGGUGAAACCACCAGAUCCAUAAACAGGAAGAGGAGAAGAUCAGGUGGUGUGUAA